UAUGUUCAGCUCCUGUCAGCUCAGUAAAACUCCACCGUGUAACAUUUCGGAGAAACCACCCUCCAGGAUGUGGCUGCUCCAAUCCCACUCUCCCUUCCCCUUCACCAGCAUCCACUCAUGUCCUCGCUUCACCUCGAGAUUCUCUCACCAACUGUAACUCUAAAAGAAAACGAAAUUGCGCCGGUGUUAGAAUAUCCGACAGUCCAGGGAAAAAAAAUCUUCAAGUCCGGAGCGGUUAUCGGAGCUUUGCCGUCAAGGUUCAGACACCUGGGCGAACGGCUUCUUCUGGACCUCGCGGAAUGAAAGUUUUCUGAAGAUCAGUCCCCUAUCAGAUACAGCACCUUUGUCCUUUCGUCCCGGCAGCAAGUGGAAAAGAGUGCGUACUUACAGUUAGCCGGGGAUCUGGUUGUCUUGGAGGAAAUCCUUUCGCUUUCUCGGGGAUAGAAAGGUGACUCGAUUAACAGGACCUGCUUAGUCCAAUAGUUCUGCUGCCCUCAAGACAGACAUGGCCGUUAAUACUACAAUCAACAACAGCUCCUGUAAGCCUCAGCACAUGGACAAUCUCAUCCCUGCUUUCCUAAGUAUGAUCUUUGCCCUGGGGUUUGUACUGAGUGCCCUGAGCUUGUACACAUUUUGGUUUCGCUUCAAGCGAUGGAACACUGGGAUGAUCAUUCAGUUCAAUCUGGCUUUAUCAGACAUCAUCAUUGCCCCUACAGCACCGCUGAUAGUUAUUAGCUUUUCACUGUCAAACCAGUGGCCAUUUGGGCAAUUCCUGUGUCAGCUAGAGGCGUGCUUAUUAUCUGCACACAUGUACGGUAGUACCUACUUCCUCACUCUGGUGAGUGUGCAUCGAUAUAGUACUGUUGUACAGUUGACCAAGAAUAGUGUUUUUAAGAAUCAGAAGUUCGUUAAAUCAGUUUGUCUGGCUGUCUGGAUUUUCCUCUUCGUUAAGGGCUUACCAUUCUUUUUCAUCCUUAGAGCAUCUGAAGUGGAUAACAUUACCCAAUGUUUAAGUAUACAUCAAAACGAAAUGGCAUCUCUGUUCUUUAUAUGGAGCAUGGUUAAUUUAUUUCCUGGACUCAUCAUCCCAUUUGGAGUUUCUGUCAUUUGCUACUGUUUGCUUGGAUGUUAUAUUGUUAAAAUGGGUGCCAACCUUCCUAAGGGAAAAGGGGUGAAGGUGAAAUCGAUGGGGAUAAUUGCCGUCUCUCUCGUCACCUUUGUCGGCUGCUGUUUCCCAGUGCAGCUGUCACGAUCAGCUGCCGUUAUAGUUAAGCAAUUCUAUCCUGAGAAGUGCCAGUGGCUCCUCAAAUUUGAAAAUCUUUAUUAUAUCUUUUUUGUGCUGGCCAAUGUCAGAUGUUGCCUGGACCCUCUCCUCUAUUGGUUCUCCAGCAGAAAGUUCCAAGCCUCCUUCAAAGGUAUUUUGCAAUCAUUCCGAUGCAAAAUACAGGGUCCGGUUCUGAGUUCAGAUACUUCGGUGUAGCAGCAAGACCACUGAUGAAACAAAGGCAAAUGCCAUUGACAUGUGAUGUUUGGAAUAUGAUGAAUUUAUAUUUGAAUAUAAUCAUGUAUGUGUUUGUAGCAUAAUCAAUGAAAUGUUACAGGUCUAAUGUUUCAAUUACAACUGUGAAGACUUCAAAAUGAUUGAAUGCUUUUAGGUAUUCUGAAGUUGUGAAAGGUGCCAUGUAAAUAUGAGUUUUUCCUUUAUUCUGCAGACUGUAAGUAUUUUUGUAACUGAAAUCCAACGAGAGGGGAGGUCCUUAAGUAAAAA